AUGAUGGCAGAAAGCCGAGCAGCAGCAGGACGCGAUGUCAGCCUGCAUGACAUCCUGAGAGGACGCACAGAUGGAGCGUCGAGGAACAGAAGCAGCUCCAACAUGAUCCGAGUGUUCAUCAGCUCCACAUUCACAGAUAUGAGCAUUGAGCGGAAAGCCCUGCUGGAGAAGGCUUACCCAGAAGUCCUUGCUUUCUGUCGCAGUCUUGGACUGGUGUUUGAGGUAGUGGAUCUGCGUUGGGGAAUUCGAAGCGUUCCGUCCGGAGACCACGAGGCAUGCAAGAUCUCCCUGCAGGAGAUCCAGACCUCCAAGAGGAUCUCAGCUGGUCCAGCUUUCAUCCUCAAUCUUCUGCUCUAUUUUUAUGUCUGGGCUCAAAAGGCACUGCUGGGGAACCGGUAUGGCUACCGAGCGCUUCCUCGACUUGUCCCGGAGAAGCAAUUUGAAGUCCUUUUGUCCAAACUCUCAAAAAAUCCUGAAGGUGUCAAGCAGCUAAAUCAGUGGUACCUAAAUGACAACAAUGCGGUCCCACCAACCUACGUACUUCAGCCAAUCACUGAUCACUUCCCCCACUUUGGUGACCUCCAGCCUGAGAGUGGAGCGCAGCGGGACAACAGCCUCCUUUCCUGGCGCUUCACAGAGACUAAACUGUUGCAGCUUCUGCGCUCCGCCGCCGCAGACGCAGAGGCGGCCGGUGACAUCACAGCCGAGCAGAAACAACACUUCUUCAAAUCAGUCACAGAGCAAGAAUUUGAGCAGGGUUUGUGGAAGGAUAGCAGCGAACCAUCGGCUCUGCUCUUUGUGCGAGAGAUUCCCCGCCAUCAGAUGAAGGACGGUCCUAAACGUCUCGCAAAAUACAUGGACCUGUCUGCAGACGGCCUGCUGGAUGCAGAAGCUCAGGGACUCCUUACCGACCUCAGAUCCCACCUAUACGCCACGCAGCAGAAGAUUCUCAACUUGAACUGUGUAGAGCUCAGCAAAGGAAGCAUUGACCCCAAACGUAAAGAGCAUGCUCGGUACCUGGACAUCUUCUGCGAGCAGUUUGUGUCGCAGAUGAAGGCCAGGAUUGGAGAGGUGGUUGAUUUAAAGGAAGAGGGGAGGAGGAGGAAGAUUUGGGGAAGCAUUGAUGAAGAAAAGGAGACCAUCUCAGACCUUUGGGUUGAACAGGUUGGAUGGCAUGUCUCCAUGAGUACCGAGCUAUGCAGGGUUCUCUACGGCAGGGAAAGCCUUCUGGGUAAACUCUGUUGUGCCAUGUGGGAGUCCACCAAUGUCCCUCAUGGCCCCCUGGUGGUACAUGGGGCUGCUGGGAUGGGGAAGACAGCUUUGCUGUCCAAAGUAGCGCAGGAGACUCGCAGCGUUCUUGAUGCCGAGGCAGUUGUGGUAAUCAGGCUGCUCUCAGCACAUCAUCCUAACAGACCCCACAUUGACAAUGUCCUAUGUAGCAUCUGCCUCCAGAUCUGUUUGGCCUGGGGUUUGGCUCCGCCCUCACCUCUGACAGCCAACAAUCACCAGGAGCUGCUCCAGUUCUUCUGGAACGUCCUCACCGAGGUGUCGCAGCAGGGGAACACUUUGCUCAUCAUCCUUGAUGCUGUGGAUCAUCUUUCAGACCUUCACCAUGCUCACAAACUCCGCUGGAUGCCCGCAAUUCUCCCACCCAAUGUCCACCUGGUGGUUUCCAUGGAUACCAACAGUGAGGCGUUUGCUAACAUGCGGCUAAAGUUGAAUAGUCAUAGGAGUUUCUUUGAAGUGAAACGUUUGUCUCGUGAUGAAGGGAGACAAAUGAUGGAGUCAUACCUGCAAGCAUCUCAACGAACUUUGACGCCUGAGCAGAGUGACGCUGUGCUGCAGAGCUUUGAGACCACCGGCUGUCCUCUGCACCUCAAACUGAUUCUGUCUGCAGCCAAACGGUGGUUGUCCUACACCCCGCUCGCAGCAACAAAUCCAGGCAACAACACACAGGAAGUGAUGUCACAGCUCUUCCUGAUGCUGGAGGAGAAACAUGGGAAGGAGCUAGUGGGCGGGGCUUUAGGGUACAUUGCUCUGGCAAGGGAAGGUGUGCUGGAAGCUGAACUCCGUGAUGUCAUGUCUCUCGAUGAUGACAUCCUCAGUGAGGUGUACAAGUACUCCCUACCUCCAUCCACAACGUUAAUCCGGCUGCCUCCUCUUCUCUGGGCUCGACUAAGACACGACCUCGAGGAUCAGCUGGAAGAGCGCUGGAUGAGGGGGGUCGCUGCCAUCAGCUUCAACAACUGGCGUCUGUGUGAGGCAGCCUCAGCUCGUUAUUUGACAUCAGAGCGGCGGGGGCGUAGCCUCAGGAUCCUAGCAGAAUACUUCCUGGGUCGGUGGUCGGGAAAACUGAAGCCUGUGGCUCUGCAGGGUCUGUCGCUGCUCCUCUCUGAUAGAAAGGUCCCGCCCCAGCCGCUGUGGUUUGCUCCAGGAUUGGUCAACAUCAGAAAGCUCCAGGAGCUGCCCUAUCAUCUGCUGCAUGCUGGUCUGUGGGAGGAGCUGCGACAGGAAGUCAUCGGCAAUGCUGAGUGGCUUUACUGUAAGAGCAGGGUGUGUGGGGUGUCCAGUGUGAUCCAGGACCUGGACCAGUGCUCCCAGUACAUGGACUGCACUGAGACCAGAUUGCUCCGAGACGCUUUGCUCCUGAUCAAAGCCAGUCUGGACUUCCUGGACGGUCACAUGGACAUGUCUCUGUUUUACACUGAGCUGUUGGCCAGACUCUGCUCCUUGGCUAAGCCUUUUCCCUCUGUGAUUGGCCGGCUGUGUGGCCAAUGUGAGGAAGGGUUACUGACGCGCCCCGAGCCCGUCCUCAUUCCCAAGUGCAGUUUCCUGCAGCAGCCAGGGGGGGCGCUACAAUACACGCUGACCGGACUGCAGGGAGGUGUGCUUUGUGUGGACAUCGAUGUGGAGGCGGAGCUUCUGGUUGCAGGUUCAGAUGGUGGCGUGGUGGCUGUCUGGAGCCUCGCUGACCAACAGCUUGUACACUCACUGCUAGGACACACAGGUGCGGUUCUGUGCGUCAAGGUGGUUAACAGCUCCGCCCACUGCCUCUCAGUGGCAGCCGAUGGCUCUCUGAGGAGGUGGAGCCUGGUGAACGGCCAACAACUUCUCUGCAUCCAAGAGGCCAUUCCUGUUGACCCCGCCCCUUCCUCAGUACUCCUACAUCUGUCUGAACAGCUGAUCUUUAUUUACACCAGAACACAGGUGAAGGUGUGGCAGCAGGACGGGGCUGAGCUCCUCCUCCGCAGCAGCAAUGGUGACGGGUCGGUGGUGCUGGGAGUUCUGGGAGAAUCAGUGGUUUCUCUGUGUCAUUCUGGUCUCGUCAGAAUAUCUCAACCUGUCAAUGGGACGAUUGAAACUCGGCUGGAACAUUUUCAGAGAAGUGUGACCUUCUCUAAAUCUGUUAACUUACCAAAACGUGGGAAAGUGUUCUUGGUUUCUAAAGAAGGAUUCCUCUAUCAGAUUUCCUUGAUGGGGAGACACAUAGCAGUGAAGUUUCCUCUGGUUCCUUCUUUGCUUUCAGUGACUGAAGAUGAAAAAGUACUGGUAGCAGGCAGUGAUCGGACUCUGAGCCUCUUUAACAUCGACGGAGACUCUGUGGACAGAUUCCUCGAACUCCAGCACGAUGACAGCGUGUUGUCUGCCUGCGUCUCCUCAGACUGCCGGGUGCUCGCCUCCGGAGCUGCCGACCAACUCAUCAGAAUCUGGUCGGUGACCACCGGUGCAUUGUUGGACACUCUGAGUGGCUCAGACUCUCCCGUCAAUUCUGUGGUUCUGUAUCAUGGCUUUGUGCUUUCAGCCUCAAAGACAGCUGCUGGCGUCCAUCUGUGGAGUCUGAAAUAUGACCCCCGCCACAAGCCCACCGCCACCAUUCCUGCAAGCUGCGCCCACGUUGCCGUCACUGAAGACGCAGACCGGGUUUUUUACGUCCGGCAGCAGAGCAGCACAUCAGUCCUCAGCUGGAACAACAACACCGGUUCUCUGUCCGGGUGUUAUGCGGUUUCUGCUGAGGUCUGCUGCUUGGAAGUAGCCCAGCACAAGCGGCUGCUGCUCUGCGGUCUGACCACCGGCACGGUGCUCAUCUACCCUCUGUCCCUGCCCCAGGAGACACUCUGCAUCCCCCCCCCAGAGAGCCUCUCCAGGGUGCUCUGCAUUGCGGUCAGCUCCAAGGAGAAGCACAUGGCGGUGGCCUACAAGGAUUCUGUGUGUUUGUUCGAGAUCAAUAACAGAGACAGUUUCCCCACCGUGGAGGGGCCCCUGAAGAGGUUCCCCCUGUCUCUGCUCCAAGCGCCGCUGUCCUCCAUGGCCCUGCUGUCGGAUCGCAGGUUGCUGUACGGGACCACCUGCGGGGAGGUGAAGCUCCACGACUUCAGCAAUGGCAGCAGCUCAAGCCUGGAGCCUCACCGCAGCAGAGUGACCUGUGUGACGGCCAGUAACUGGGGGACCCACGCCUUGGUGGGCUCCGAGGAUGCAGUCCAAAGACUGUGGGCCCUGAGUCCACUGGUGCUGGACCACACCAUGGAGUACAAGGGAUUUUUCUUCGAAGGCGUCCUCUCCGCUGCUUUCUCUGAGAGCGACCAGUUCGUCUUCACUGGCUCCCAGGACAGAACAGUGAAAGUGUGGGACGUCGCUACAGGAAACCUGCUGUAUGUCCAGUACAUCUACUCCCCCGUCAUCAGGAUGGUGACCUUCAGGAACGGCUUUGUGGCACUUUCCCAGCAGGGUUCUGUCAUAAGGGAGUUGUUCCACUACCCAGAGGUCAUCAGUCCGGAAUACAAUCCUCUGAGGAACGUCAAGGCCCAGUACCGGGUCUCCUCCAGGGCAAAGAAGAGCCAGGACGGCCAGCAGAGCUCUGGAUCAGACCUUCAGGAAUUCAACCCGGCCGGUCUCAACCUGAACCUCAUGAGCAUGCUCAAAGCCAAACCCUCCUCCACCUGUCUCCUGCUGUAGGACUCCCAGCACCUCCAGCACCUUCAGCUUCCAGAGGCUUCAGAAACAUAGAGGACCAAAAAACACAACAUAAAUACAUUCAUAUUUAAGAAAUGAUUUAAUUAAGUUGUGACCAGUGUUAAUUUUGACAGUAAAUUCUGAUUUAGUCUUAGUCUUAGUCUUUUGAAUAACAGACCGUUUAGUUUUAGUCAUAUUUUAGUCAUCUGAAAUCUUUUAGUCUUAGUCUAGUUUUAGUCGACUAAAUAUCAUCAGUUUUAGUCUUAGUCUAGUCUUAAGUCUUUUAGUCUUAGUCUAGUUUUAGCAGACCACCUAAUAGCAGAUAAGUCGACUAAAUCUACCGUGGACUUCGUUGAAUAAAUGUUUCACCAGAAUUGGAAUGGUAUUAAGGUUUGAAUAUGCAAUACAGACAGAGAUUUAACAGAACAAAACAUGUAUUUUAUUUUACUUUUAAUGUCAAAAACACUGACCAUGGCUUUUUCACAAAAGAUAAUCUCAAAUAAAGUUAGCAUAAGGCCUGCUCUCCCUGAAAAAUAUACAUGCUCCCUGAAAAAGAUAUGCAUUCUCCUUGAAUGAUAUGUAUUGCAUAUGACAUCUAUUUCAAUAAUAUUGUCUUUCAUCUUGAAAGAAUAAAUCACCUAACUCAAAAAAAAUAAACAAAUAAAUAAAGUGCAAUUCUCAAAAAUAAUAAUACAACUAUUGGUUGUAAUGCCAUUGCACAAGGUAGAUACAGAAAAUGCACUACUGAUAACGUUCACGUACUGUACCUCAAGAUAACUUAAAUUACUGUUAGGCUACAAUGCCUUACAAAAUCAACAAGAAUUCUCAAAAGUAGAAUAAAAGAUGUAUUGGCUGUAAUACUCCUUAAUGUUCAAGUAAAUGAAAAAAAAAAACACCCUGCUGUGCUGUCUCAGCAUUUAAAAUACAGGUAAAUAUCACAUUAAACUAAAAAGCACACAACUCUGUAACUAAGCAUCAUCUUCUUAGUCAUCAACUAUUACUCUGUGCAUUGUGAGCAAAAUCACUUAGAUUUGAAAAGGAAAAACAAAACAUAUGUAGCCUAAAAGAAAAUAUGCAUUGGUUGAAAUGUCAUUGCACACAAAACAAAAUAUUCUUCUGUUAAUAAUUCGAAGUAGUAUCAAUGAGCUAGUAUCAAGGAGCUCAACUCAAGACAAGUGAAUUACAUGCUCAGCUGUAAUGCCAUUAUUGCAUGGAACAAGAAAAAUCUCUCUGCUCUCAUAUUAAACAAAAAACAAAACAAAUACCAGACCGGAAACUCUAAGUUGUGCAUAUACUGCUACAGCUGUAAUGCUGUAAAUAGCAGUGAAUACAACAGUUCUAUUUGUUUCUGUUCAUUUUAAGGAAAGCACUUCGCUCCAAGCUGACCCUUCCUCUGUUGCGCCGUCCUCUUGUGAGGUCACCUGUGAUGCUGAAUACUCUCUCUGCAAAAGCUUGAGAAGCUGGCAUAGCCAACAAGUCCAAAGCAAAAGGUUUUAAACUGUGAUAAAAACUGUCACUCUUUUCCAGCCAGAAGUCUGUUCCUGUGUCCUCAGUGAUGGGAUGUGAAAGUUCUUCCUUGUACUUAAUGAUCUGCUGCCUGACGCUGGUUGUGGAGGUUUUCUGUUUAGGUCUUGUGGUGCGGCAUUUUGAGAGGAACCUAAACACCGGCUGCUUUGAAGAUGGCGCUGGUUCUGGUUCCUCAAUGACUUCUUCUGCAUCAUCGUCAGACUGGUGGUCCUCCUGUCUUGUGUGUGGGAGGAAAGUGCAUUUGACCACAUAGUCUUCUGCCUGUUUCAGCAGUUCCUGGAUAUUUCCAUCAGCUACAUCAACAUUAACAAGGAUUUCACAGACAGUUGGGUUGACAAAGCAGGCAGCUGCUGCAAGUGGUGAGAACUUUUCAUCGGUUGGAUCCAAGAGGCAAGCAAAACGCAGGUUCAGAUUUGAUCUCAUUUUCUCUGCAAGAGUGGCGAGGUCUCUGUACCGGCUGUUCUCUGCAAAGUCAGCUAGGUGGCUCAGCAGAUCAAAGAGGGCAGGAACCACUAGGGACAUAGAUGUGGUGUCACUCUGGAGGGUUUUAGUGUGUUCUGCAAAAGGAAGCAGUAGGUCACGCAAUGAUGAAAGCUUUUGCCACUCACUAGUAAGCAAACUGUCCCAUCCCAUGUCAUUUGUGAUUUGACAGACAGUAUCUUUGACUGUGAGGAGUCGUGUGACCAUGUUGAAUGUGCUUGACCAGCGUGUGGGGCAGUCAUUUACAACAAUGACACCACACUGGUCUAGUAGCCUCUGUGUUGCAACUGAGGACUUGCGAAAGAGCUUCACCACAGACCUUGCUUUAUCGAGGACUCUUUUGACAGUUGUUUCUUUCUGCAACAUGUGGACCACAAGUUGUAUGGUAUGCACCACGCACGGCGUCCGGGCCAUUUCCAUGUCGACAUGAUGGUACCUAAUAACAAGAAAAGACAACCAAAUAAGUCUAAACCUAAUAAAGUGUCUGGUGUGGGUCUGUAUAUACGUAGUGUGUGGCAGGGGGGACAUCAUUCAUGUGAUAAUUGACUAUAAUGUAAAAUAAUAAACUAAACAUGGCUCACCGCUGGUCAUCAAUUUCAGAGUCACUUUCCAUCGCGGUUUCGGACCCAGGGGAGUCAGCCUCAGAGCUGGUUUCUUCUGCUGUGGUGUUUUUAAAGGCUGCCACCAUGUUACUUCCAUUGUCCGUUAUUACCGUCAGGAUCUUCUCCUUCGGUAUGGCCCACUCUUGUAUACAUUCGUCCACACAUGCCUUAAUAGACAGUGCAGUGUGUGGGUGAGCUACUUGUUCAAGGGCCAACAAUAUGUGUGCAGGUUUGAUUUGUUCAACACAAAAGUAGCAUGCGCUAAUAGCAAGGAAUGAGGCGGUCAGUCCUUUUUUUGUCCACAAGUCAAGGCCAAUGGAUACUCUCCGGGCAGCAGCCAGUCUCUGUUUGAAUUUUUGUCUUUCAUGUUCAUAUUGUGUUUCAAUCAAAUUGCUAAUUUUAGUUUUCUUUGGAAUUGCUAGUCUCCUAUCUACUAUCUCCAUCAUUUGCACAAAGUCCUCGUCUUCAAUUGUUGUGAGUGGUAAACCUGUGCGUCCAAUCCAUCUGGCUAUGGCCUGCUCCUUGGUCUGUUGCUCCUUUGAUUCCAUUUUGUACUUUGAAGAACUUUGGAAAGCUGUAGAGAUAGUCUGCUGCUGGGUUGAACUUGCACUAGCAGCACUAGCUUUAUUUCCCCUUGGCCCAUGGUCAUCAGACGUCUUCUGUAUCUGUGAGGGAGAAUAAAGGGAGAAUCAAGUUGUGAAUCAAGUAAUCAAGUCUAGUUUCCACGGAGAUUGUGUUAAACUAGCGGGCUCGUAAACGAUGCCGUUAGUAACCAACAUCCCACUGAACAGUAACGCUUAAUGACCUUAUAGUUCACCUUUUACCUUAAUAAUAUUCGCUGAAAUUAUCCAGGUAGCAAUUAAAGCAUGUUAUAGACUUGAAAUGAACAAUAUUAGCUGGCUAGUUAGAGAUAAUCCUGACUGUCAUCAGUGCCUCAAAACGAACCUUUUAUGUUAACGUUUUGCCUAGCGAACGGAAGGAACCGAAGCAUAUUAGCUUCUAGGCUCACAAGACAUCCACAUGAAUUCUGUUUUUCCCCCCCCUCUAUUUUAUUCCAUCACAGUAAAGGUUAAUGAUCUUAUCGUUCAUCUUACCUUAAAAACAUUCACUGAAAUUAUCCAAGUAGCAAUUAAAGCAUGUUAUAGACAUGGACUGAACAAUACUAUCUUAUAGCUGGCUAGUUAGAGAUAAUCCUGACUGCCAUCAGUGCCCCAAAACAAACUUUUUAUGUUUUGCCUAGCGAACCGAAGCUCAUGAUAGCUUCUAGGCUAACAACCAUAGACUGUAAAAAAAUAGCUAACAACACAUCCACGUGAAUUCUGGUGGUUUAAUUUAGCUUCUAUUUUAUUCCAAGUU